AUGUUGGGUAAACGCUUCCAAUCAACAAUCUCAAGAUUCCCAUAUCCUUCACGUUCUGAACAGUUCAAAUAUUAUGAAGAACAGAUCGAAUCGAUAAAACAAUGGUGGUCAAGUCCAAGAUUUAAAGGUAUCAAAAGAACUUAUACCGCAGAACUAGUUGCUGGACAUCGUGGCUCUUUUAACAUUCAAUACCCAUCUUCAAUCCAAGCUCAAAAAUUGUUCAAUCUAUUAAAUACUAGAUUUGAUGAAGGUAAACCUGUACAUACAAUAGGUUCAAUUGAUCCUGUUCAAAUCACUCAAAGUGCUAAAAAUCAAGAAAUUGCAUAUGUUUCAGGAUGGGCAUGCUCUAGUGUCUUGACUACAACUAAUGAGGUUAGUCCAGAUUUUGGUGAUUAUCCUUAUGAUACUGUCCCAAAUCAAGUUGAAAGAUUAUUUAAAGCUCAGUUAUUACAUGAUAAAAAAUCUUAUAGUGAUUGGUUACAGAACCCUAAAAGAGAUGAAGUUGAUAGAAUUGAUUACCUUAGACCUAUAAUUGCAGAUGCUGAUACUGGUCAUGGUGGGACCGGUUCUGUUAUGAAGUUGGCUAAAUUAUUUGCUGAAAGAGGUGCAGCUGCAAUUCAUAUCGAGGAUCAAUUACAUGGUGGUAAAAAAUGUGGUCAUUUAAGUGGGAAAGUUUUAGUACCAACUUCUACACAAAUUUCUAGACUGAUUGCAACUAGAUUACAAUGGGAUAUAAUGAAUACAGAAAAUUUGGUUAUUGCAAGAACUGAUUCAGAAACAGGGAAUUUAUUAAGCUCCACAGUGGAUCCAAGAGAUCAUGAGUUUAUCUUGGGUGUUGUUGAUCCUGUUAAACCUUUGAGUGAAGUUUUAUAUGAAGCUGAAGCUCAAGGUGCAAAUUCUGAACACAUAAACUCCGUGGAACAAGAAUGGGUAGAGAAUCAUAAAUUGUAUACUUUCAAUGAAGCUGUUGAAUCGAAAUUGAAAGAUUUGAAAAAAAUGGAUCUUUAUGCAAACUUCCUUCAACAAUCACAAAAUAAAUCUCUUUAUGAUUCAAAAUUAAUUUUCAAAAGAUUAUCAGGAGGUGAAGAGAUUUUCUUUGAUUGGGAAGCUCCAAAGACAAGAGAAGGUUAUUAUUUAGUCAAAGCUAGUAUUGAUGUUGCAGUCAAGAGAGUUAUUGAAUAUGCUCCAUACGCUGAUUUAUUAUGGUUGGAAACUAAAACACCAGAUUUGAAAUAUGCUCAAGAAUUCGCUAAAAGAAUCCAUCAAGUUUAUCCUGAUAAGAAAUUGGUUUAUAACCUAAGUCCAUCAUUUAAUUGGAGUGCUCAUGGUUUUACUGAACAUGAUUUACAACAAUUUAUUUGGGAUUUAGCAAAAUCUGGGUUUGUUUUACAAUUGGUUUCAUUAGCUGGACUUCAUACAAAUGCUGUUUCGAAUUAUGAAUUGAGUAAGAACUUCAAAGACCAGGGAAUGAAAGCAUAUGUUGAAUUGGUUCAACGUAAAGAAAAAGAGAUUGGAUGUGAUGUCUUGACUCAUCAAAAAUGGUCUGGUGCAAAUUACUAUGAUGAUUUGAUUAGUGCUGUGCAAAGUGGUUCUUCUCAAACUAGUUCUGUUGGUAAAGAUUCCACCGAGCACUCAUUUUAG